GGCUUGCCGGAUGCUGUGAGUCUAUCUUGACUCUGAGGAGCUCUUGGAUUUUGCGCUGACAGAGCGGACAGGUCGCUUCAUCUUUCCCGUCAGACACAUCGGAGCCGCCGUAUUUUUCUUUUCACAGCAGCGUGACACACAUCAUGUCGGAUUUCGAGGAGUUUGAGAAACAGCUGAGCGAGAAUCGACAGGAGCGAGAGAGGGAGCGGCACAAGAAGAGGAGUCGCAGCGGAUCUCCCGGACGAGGUGACAAGCAUCGCAGCUGGAGCAAAGACCGAGGUAGCCGCAGCCGGGAGAAACGCAGCCGUAGCCGGGACAGGAAGAGCCGGGAUCGCCGCAGCUCCUCCCGAGACCACAAGAAGCACAGCCACUCUCCAAGACGAACGAGGAAGAAAAGGACCUGCAAAUAUUGGGACGUGCCUCCUCCUGGCUUUGAACACAUCACACCAAUGCAAUAUAAAGCUAUGCAAGCGGCCGGCCAGAUUCCAACAAUAGCUCUGCUGGCAACGUCCACCACUACUGGAGUAGCUGCAGCCCCGACACAAGUGCCCAUAGUUGGCAGUCAGAUGACGAGACAAGCCAGGCGCCUCUACGUUGGCAACAUCCCGUUUGGAGUGACUGAGGAGUCCAUGGCCGAGUUCUUUAACGCCCAGAUGCGCCUCGCGGGACUCUCACAAGCCCCGAGUAACCCCGUUCUCGCCGUGCAGAUUAACCAGGAUAAGAACUUUGCUUUCCUAGAGUUUCGGUCUGUGGAUGAGACGACGCAGGCCAUGGCCUUCGAUGGGAUCAUUUUCCAGGGUCAGUCGCUCAAGAUCAGACGACCUCACGACUAUCGGCCGUUACCCGGAAUCUCAGAGCAGCCGGCGUUCCACGUCCCAGGCGUCGUCUCCACUGUUGUUCCCGAUUCCCCUCAUAAACUGUUCAUAGGAGGCCUCCCCAACUAUCUUAAUGACGACCAGGUUAAGGAGCUCCUGACGUCGUUCGGGCCGCUCAAAGCGUUCAACCUGGUGAAGGACAGUGCCACGUCACUGUCGAAAGGUUACGCCUUUUGCGAAUACGUAGACAUCAGCGCCACCGAUCAGGCUGUAGCCGGGCUCAAUGGGAUGCAGCUGGGCGACAAAAAGCUGAUCGUCCAGAGGGCGAGUGUGGGAGCUAAAAACGCCAAUCCUACCUCCAUCAUAGAGACGCCGGUGACGCUGCAGGUGCCUGGGCUUCAGAGGCUCCAGAACUCUGGCAUGCCCACAGAGGUGCUGUGCCUUCUCAAUAUGGUGAUGCCCGAGGAGCUGGUGGACGACGAGGACUACGAGGAGAUCCUCGAGGACAUCCGCGAGGAGUGCUGCAAGUACGGCACUGUCCGCUCCAUCGAGAUCCCCAGGCCUGUCGACGGCGUGGAAGUACCCGGCUGCGGAAAGAUCUUCGUCGAGUACGUCUCUGCUGCAGACUGUCAGAAAGCCAUGCAAGCCCUCACUGGACGCAAGUUUGCCAACAGAGUGGUGGUCACCAAAUACUACGACCCCGACAUGUACCACAGACACGAGUUCUGAAAGCACAGACACGUCCCUCCUCCUCGUUUUCUGUUUGUGGGCUGGGCGUCAGUCUGCUUCCCUCCUCCUCUGAUCGUCGUGAUCCUGUCCUUUAGAGACCAGAGCUGGAGCAGUUUUAUUGCUGGACUGCAGUGUGUGUGUGUGUGUGUGUGUGUGUGUGUGUGU